AUGGCUGACCUCCCCAAGGAGCGAUUGGAAGCAGUACCUGUAUUCAAGUACAGCGGUGUUGAUUAUUUUGGACCGUUCAUUGUAAGGGAAAGAAGAAGUGACAUAAAAAGAUGGGGAGUGCUGUUUACCUGUUUGAGUUCCCGAGCAAUUCACAUUGAGACUGCCAAUUCCCUUGACACAGAAUCGUUUAUGAAUGCCUAUCGGCGCUUCACAUGUAGGAGAGGUCCAAUCAGAGAACUAAGGUGUGAUCAAGGAACCAACUUUGUGGGAGGCAGAAAUGAAUUGACAGCAGCAGUUAAGGAGAUUGACCAAGAGAAGAUUGCAGGGAAACUCCUCAAAGAUGGGUGCGACAGGGUGUCAAUUGAACCCAACCGUGUAGCUGAUGCCUCACAUUUCGGGGGAGUCUGGGAGAGGAUGAUUCUUACUGUGAGAAGUGCCUUGACCACUCUGUUGUUGCAGCACGGGCAACAUUUGGAUGACGAAUUGUUGAGUACUGUUAUGACAGAAGUGGAGUGUAUCGUGAACAGUCGACCACUGACCUUUAUUGACACAACAUCUCCUGACAGUCCCGAGCCAUUAUCCCCAAGCCAAUUACUUGUUACAGUAUGUCACUGUAAGGUGGUGACACCUGGCCUAAGCUCUUGGUACUACUUUCAUCAUGGCUGA